CGCCCCCUCCAUCCUAGCUGCCACCGCCCCCUCCAUCCUAGCCGCGGCCGCCUCCUCGCUCGAAAAUAUAGUGUUCCAUCACGCAUCCAUAGCUCCCCCAGAACCACACUCUCACCCCUACCUCUUCUCUGCAGGCUUCCCCGCUCGCUUAUUCAUGCCAUCCAUUAGCGAAUAUCUAUAGUCUUGUUGCACGCCGCUUCCCUGAGUACCGAAUUGUGGCUUGAUGUCGGGGUGCCUUUUCCGACUUACACAUCUUGUGUAGAUAUAGUUGAAGCAACUACCGCAACCUUGAUGACAUAAGUCUUGACACUCCGGCAUCCAAGAUACCUCUGUCGACCUAAUUUGGUGGAUCGAAAGAGGGAUAUAGAAAAGGCAACUGCUCAUACAAAGAAAGAUGCGGAAAUUUGCGAGUGUGUCCCAGCAGGUACUUGUGAAAUAUUUCUAUGGUUAGACUAUCUCAGUGGGCUAUACUCUGCUUAUUAUGGUUUCUGAGGAAGCUUGUUCAAAGAAGGAAAGAAAUGAGGAAUGUUUCAUAAAUUGUCUCACGAGAGAUCUCAUUGAGCGGAUAUUUUUUCGGCUUCCUGUGAGCACUUUAUUGGUGUGUGUUGGUGUUUGUGCACACUGGAAAACCUUGAUCCGGGAUCCUAAUUUUGUCACGUCACACCUGAAGCACGCGUCUCAUUAUUCCUUCAUAUUCUUCCAAAAAGAUUAUGCUGCAGGAAAAAAUUACCCAAGUGAUGCUAUUCUAAUUGAUAAAGCUGGGUCACAAUCAACAUAUGCAGUGCCAACGAUUGACCCUGAUGAUUUCCUUUGUGGUUCAUGUAAUGGGAUUAUUUGCUUAUACACAAACAGAUCAACAAUCAAGAUAGCUAACCUUGCAACUGGCGAAUGUCUACAUCUUGAGAAACCUACAAAGAAUUUGAGUGGUGAUCAAUCCUUGUUCUAUAGUUUUGGGUUUCACCCUUUGACAAGAGAAUACAAAAUUACACACUUAGUGGGUGACUAUGUUGAGGAACGCCCCCAAAAUGGAGAUAAAUUCACCAUGAUUCAAGUUUACAAGCUUGGUGACGAGAAAUGGAAAGACAUAAGAACCCCAGAAGCCUUAAGUUUGACAUGUAUCAAAAACUCUGGACUAGUCAAUGUUGGUGGAACAAUGUAUUGGCUAACUGAUGAUAUGGCAGCUAGCUCGAAGCAUGUUGUUAUGUGCUUUGAUCUUGGUGAAGAAGCUUUUUCACAAAUACAACUGCCAACACCAGUACCCGAAAUUUGUGUUCAUGGUGGUCCCAGGAGGUACUGGAUCAGAGAGAUAGAUGGUAAAAUAUGUAUAGCAACCUCUCAAACCUGGCACAAAGUUGUGUAUGGUAAGCUAUAAAUCUGGACACUUGACAACAAAGUGGAGCAUAGGUGGAGCCUGAAGUACAAUAUUCAUGCAGCAGGUUACAUUCCAGGUCCAAAUUUGGCUUAUGGGAAUAAGCUAUUGAUGCAAAGAAAUGAUAGGAGGCUAUUUUCUCAUGAAUUGCAUGGGAAUGAGGGGAAUAUCGAGGCUAUGAUAUUAAACAGGGCGGGGUUGUUAGACUUUCGCCCAUUUUUAGAUUUUAGCCCUCGCAAGCCGGACAACAUGCAAUCCUACAUCUAUGUGGAGUCACUUGUACGCUUAGAUGUAUACAAAAAAGGUGGCAUUGUGCGCAGGCCAAAGAAGAGGGAAGGUUGGAAAUUGAAGAAGUGGAAGUCUUGGGAGCACGAGCUCUCUCGACAAGAUGAGAUGUGGAGCCACAUUUAUCAGAAGGAGCAUGACAUGACUGUCUUUUCACAGCAAACUGGCAUACAACUCAAUCAUCGUGUGCAGAGUAUAUCAGAUGAUGGGAUUCGACAACAAAUAGGCAUACGAAUUGAUCACAUAGUUCCGGUCUUUCCAAAUAAGUAUCCAAGAUCCCCCCGACGGUUUAAUUUGGUGGGGCAAAAGCGGGAUACACAAAAGUUACUUUCUCGUAUGAAGAAGUAUGGAGAUAUUUGCGUGGCUUUUGAUGAGGAAAUUUGGAGGAUAGUUCGUAUGACGGAGAAUGCUAUACAAUAUCAGGUGGGUCCUUCGAGUUCAAAUGAUGUUAUUUCAUCCCAGAAUCACAAUGAUGGCGAGGAUACGGUUGAGUCUUGAGAGCAUAUCAUGGCAAUCUUUUUUAUCUUGAUGAGAUAGUUGUUCAGCUCUUGCUACUUUAUCCUAAUGUAUGUGAUGUAAAACAAUCAUUUCCAAACUACCAUCUAUGUGAUAUUAUGUUUCUUUCUUUAAAACUUAUGAUAUUUAUCACACAUGUUUAGUGUGUGUGUGAUCCUAUUGACA